GAUAAAGUACCGAGUGUCGUUCAAGCGCAAUUGACGAGCUUGAGACAAGGAAAUACACUACAGACAAAGACAUCACAGACAGCACAUCAACAUGUCGCUCGACCCGCCGGCAUACAUUCUGUCGCUCCAGAACAACAUUCGGGCGCGACCAAUCUCAUGGGAAGGAGCUGUACGAGCAAAGACCAUCACCGAACAGGACCUCAAGAAGAUCAAAUCGAUAGACAAGGUCCGCAAGGAGCAACGCAGACAGACAGUCGAGUCGGAUCCUGAAAGCUAUGCUGCCCUCGUUCUGGGCUCCGACGACAGCGCCAGCAUCUUCCAAUCUGCCGCCAAGCGCUCCGACAUUGUCCAGUACAUGCUGGUCUUGACUGGCGACCUUAUCGAGGACAUCCCAUCAUUCGUAGCCAAGCUGCUCGACCACGCCGACCCUUACGCUCCCUUCGUGCCGCUUCUUAAGCAGACCGCAAACCCCGAAGACCCCAUCCCGCUACUCGCAUCAUGUGUCUUGUCAGCUCUUAUCUCACACGGCCUUAUGAAGAGUGGCCCCCAGGCUGAGCAGAUCGACAAGGCCCUGCCCAAGCUGUACUCGUACAUCUCAACCCUCGCAAAGAAGUCGGACAACAACCUGCAAGACAUUGCUGUUCAGGAAUACUCGGCUCUGUUGCGCACUGCGAAGUCGCGUCAAUUGUUCUGGGAGCAAAGAAAGGACACUGUCACUCCUCUAUUUGACAUUUUGACCAACGCUACUGGAGGUGCUGUCAGAGACACCGACUCGACCCUGAUCAGCGGUGGCAGCAUUCGCAGUAUUGCCGAUUCUCAGAUCAUCAACAACGUUGGUCUGCAACUCUUAUACCACGUCUUGCUCGUCAUCUGGCAGCUGAGUUUCGAGGGCGAGCUUGUUGGCCGCGGUUUGGACGAGGAGCACGACAUCAUCGUCCUUUAUGCUGCCCUCCUCCGUAUCUCCCCCAAGGAGAAGACCACCAGACUCCUUCUUGCAACCCUCACAAACCUUUUGUCAACCAAUCGCGAUACUCUCAUGCCCGCCGUCAUUCCCGCUCGCCUUCCCGCCAUUCUCCAGAAUCUCCAAGGCCGUCACCUCAACGAUGCCGAUCUCCUCGAAGACUUGAAGGCUCUCCAAUCCAUGGUCGAAGAAUUCCAAAAGACACAAACCACCUUCUCAGAGUACGCUGCAGAGGUCAACUCUGGUCACCUCCGCUGGUCGCCUCCUCAUCGCAACCAAGCUUUCUGGAGUGAGAACGCUCGCAAGAUUCUUGAGGAUAACAAGGGUGAAUUGGCCAAGAAGCUCGCCGAGAUUUUGUCAAAGUCUUGGGACAAUGACAAGCAAGUGCUGGCCAUCGGCUGCAACGACGUCGCCUGCCUGGUCAAGGAGGUACCCGAAAAGAGACAACAGAUGGAGAGACUUGGUUUGAAGUCUCGCGUUAUGGAGCUCAUGCAACACAGUGAUGAAUCCGUGCGCUGGGAGAGUUUGAGAGCAGUCGGUGAAUGGCUCAGAUAUUCCUUUGAGAAAUAGAGCCGCCACGCACACAGGCGUACCUGACUCUUUUCUCUUACGGUCUGUUUCAUGUGUUUAAAUACCGACCGUUACUGCACAUCUAAUCCUGUUGUUCUUGUUUUCUUUUCCUGGACAUUUUCUGGCGACUGUCUAGGUGCUUUUCUUUCACUUUCUACUUGUAUAGCGAACUGGGGUAUACCGAUACAAAUGCACGUUUCAUCCGAUAGACCGCCUCUUUCUAAUUCAAGUGUUGUUCCGAGAUCGUC